UUUUGCUUUACAUGUAUCUUUUUUUAAAUUUACAAUGUACUUGACAAAAAGAGAAUGAUGCUGUCAAGAUCAUCUUUUAAAAGUUUUUAAACUGGGAACAUGUACAUACAAGCCUUUGUGACUGUUUUCUUCAAUUAACUCCCGCCACGGGAAUAUGUCCUCCUUGCAAAUAUAAGAGUAAUAAAAAUUCCAUUGGAAAAGUGUUAGUAACAGGGAACAAGAUGGAUAAUCUAAUAAAUGAAACAAAUGAAGUAACAGUCACCACUGAAUACGAUUAUAGUGGUAUAGUAACACCAUGCCAAGCAAAGGCUGCUGAAAUGUUUGGUUCCAGUGUCCUGCCAACUCUUUAUUCUUUGGUAUUCAUCUUUGGUUUUUUGGGUAACAUGCUAGUUGUACUAAUUCUAAUCAAAUAUAAGAAAUUCAAGAGUAUGACUGAUAUAUACCUAUUAAAUUUAGCCGUCUCUGAUUUGAUUUUCAUUUUCUCAAUCCCAGUUCGGAUUCAUUCUGUGUUAGAUCAGUGGGUAUUUGGAGAUGCAAUGUGCAAAAUUGUUUCUGGAAUCUAUUUUUUAAGCUUCUAUAGUGGAAGCUUUUUCAUAAUCCUCUUGACUAUUGAUCGGUAUUUAGCAAUAGUCUAUGCGGUGUUUGCAUUAAAAGCCAGAACAGUAUUCUAUGGCAUCAUCACAAGCAUUAUCACCUGGGGCCUGGCAAUUCUAGCCUGUUCACCAGGAAUAGUCUUUUAUGGGGCACAAAGAGAAAAUGAAAAGGAAAAGUGCUCUUUUCAUUUUCCUCAUGAAACUUACGACAAAUGGAACACGUUCUUUACACUGGAACUGAACUUCUUAGGCUUGAUUUUUCCAAUGAUCGUUAUGAUUUUCUGCUAUGCAUGCAUCAUAAACACUUUGCUGAGAUGCAGAAAUGACAAGAAGAACAAAGCAGUCAGACUUAUUUUUAUCAUAAUGAUUGUUUAUUUCCUUUUCUGGGCCCCAUACAAUAUUGUUCUUCUGAUCCAGUUGUUCCAAAAUGAGUUAUCCCUUGAUAGCUGCACCAAGUUAAGUAGUAUCGGUAUAGCAAUUCAAGUGACCGAAACACUUGCAAUAGCUCAUUGCUGUAUCAAUCCUGUGAUCUAUGCUUUUGCUGGUGAGAAAUUUAGAAAAUACACUAUUACCUUUUUCCGAAAACAUGGUGGUCACCAUCUCUCAAAAUAUUGUGUCUUUCUCUAUCGAGAAUCUCUGGAACGGGCCAGUUCCACAUACUCUCAUUCUACUGGAGAGCAAGACAUAUCAGCAGUCCUGUAAAGCGUUUUCUUUAGGAAAAAACUGGAGCAGUUUUUAUUUCUG